AUGCCUCAACAGAGUGAUACACUGCAUAAACAAGGCUUGGUUACUGAAGGCGCUUUCUCGUCGACGCCUACAGAAGAACAGAAGCAGCAGCAACGCCAUUUGGCGCUGCCCCGAUGGCGGGGCGCAGCGGUGGGUCCAGAGGCGUACCUCGCUGUGAAACCAAGCGGCGCGUACGUGAAUCUGCCACCCCCCAUCGAUGUGGAGACUGUCGAAGAAGCCAAGGAAAUGUUGGCUCGCUGGGAGAUGUGGAACAGUCGACUGCAACAAAAACUGAAGGCUGAUAGCGCGUUUUCGCCGUUCAACGGGGGCGAAGAGCAGAAUGCUGCUUCAUCGUCUUCCGUGCCGUAUUCUUCAUCCCCAAGCCACACAGCGACGGAUGGGGACGUACUUCUGCACCCUCACCGCCAGGGGGCAAGAGCACAUUCGAAUCUAGGCGCGAAACGCAUAAGCGAGAACCCUGGCAGUAGCAGCACGAAGCCCACCUCACACACAGCGGCGGGACCAGUACGUCUGUUCACCGUCGCGUACCGAACAACUGCGGCAGCUGCACACAGAAAACUGCAGCCCGAGUCCACGCGUCAUAGUCGUGCACUGCUGNACCGUCGCGUACCGAACAACUGCGGCAGCUGCACACAGAAAACUGCAGCCCGAGUCCACGCGUCAUAG